CCUCAGUUGUCUUUGUUAGGGGUGCAACCACCAUCUCCUUCUUUUCCGCUCCCUCCAUGGUCGUCGCUUGUAUGGGAUGAGUCUUGGCCCAGCUCGACGGUGAUUGCAAAGGCUCAUUGGCGUUUAUUCACCCCAUCUCUAACAAAUGUUGUGUCCAUCUCUAAGCCGGAGCUUCCUCAAUCUCAACCAUCUGAUUUUUCUUCCAGCUCAAUAACAAUUCCAAAAGUGCAAUCACCGUCUCUUCCCUUGCUGCCCUCUCCUUCGCCUUUAUCCUCCACAUAGCCAGUGAAUGUUGUGUCCCACUCUGUACCGGAAAUGCCUCAGUCUCUACCACCAGGGUUACGCUCGAGCUCAACUACUCCAGUUCCGAAGGUGCAACCACCGCCUCUUGAUUCGCAGCUCCUUUCUCAACUUUUACCUGCCGGCACCGCGCACACUUAUUUACCACCACUGAACCCUCAUCCCCAUCCCAUGCAACCACAAAUGGCAACUGAUAAUCCCAAUCACGCAAAUCCUGAUCAUCAGCCACUUUCGGGCGAGGUUAAGUGCCUAACCUGUAGAAGAAAUUUCGAUCUUAAUCUUAAUGAGGUUGAUAAAUGGAACGAAACGAAGCAAGAUUACUUGAGGAAUAGCCAGCAGGUGGAAUGUAAGGGACACAAUUUUAAAGAAUGGCCUUCGGCUUCUCUUGAUUGCCCUACAUGCGGUCCAACUGGAUUUGCAAUACCUCUCAUAGAGAAGAGAAGCAUAGAUGGGCAGGUCAGUGUUGAAGGACAAGAGACUACUCUCGAUCUUUCUUCGACCUCCGACGAUGAUGACAACCAGGCACCGACCGUCGGCCACUCAGCUAAGACAACUACUGUGCUGCCCUUGCCGCCGCAAGCAACUCUACAUGAGUUUGGUUCAAAGUCUAUGGCUCUACCACUAUCUCGUCCUUCGUCGCCUUCUCCUCAGUUGUCUCUGUUAGGGGCGCAACCACCAUCUCCUUCUUUUUCGCUCCCUCCACCGUCGUCGCUUGUAUGGGAUGAGUCUUGGCCCAGCUCAACGGUGGUUGCAAAGGCUCCUUGGCGUUUAUCCACCCCAUCUCUAACAAAUACUACUCUCGAUCUUUCUUCGACCUUCGACGAUGAUGACAACCAGGCACCGACCGUCGGCCACCCAGCUGAGACAACUACUGUGCUGCCCUCGCCGUCGCAGGCAACUCUACAUGAGUUUGGGGCGCAACCACCAUCUCCUUCUUUUCCGCUCCCUCCACGGUCGUCGCUCGUAUGGGAUGAGUCUUGGCCCAGCUCGACGGUGGUUGCAAAGGCUCCUUGGCGUUUAUUCGCCCCAUCUCUAACAAAUGUUGUGUCCAUCUCUGAGCCGGAGCUUUCUCAGUCUCAACCAUUUGAGUUUUCUUCCAGCUCAAUAAUAGUUCCGAAAGUGCAAUCACCGUCUCUUCCUUUGCUGCCCUCUCCUCCGCCUUUAUCCUCCACACAACUAGCGAAUGCUGUGUCCCACUCUGUAUCGGAGAUGCCUCAGUCUCUACCACUAGAGUUACGCUCGAGCUCAACUAUUCCAGUUCCGAAGGUGCAACCACCGCCUCUUGAUUCGCCGCUCCCUUCUCAACUUUUACCCACCGGCACCGCGCCCACUCAUUUACCACCACUGAACCCUUAUCCCCAUCCCAUGCAACCACAAAUGACAGCCGAUAAUCCCAAUCCCGCAAAUCCUAAUCAUCAACCGCUUCCGUUAGUACUUGCAACACCACCACCACGAGCACCAUGAGUUUGGGCUAUUGAUAGUAGAGCCAAAGGUUUCUUUUGAUGCUAUUGGACUCAGAAGGAAGCAGAAGGAUCUCGGUCUCAGAUUUUUGUUGUGAAUACUGAAUUUUGUUCAUUGCUGACUAGUUAUGGAUUUCUUCUUGAACUUGGUUUGCCAGUAAUGCUCUGUAACAUUCAUAAGACAGAUUUUCUGUUGUGGUUCUGCGACACAGGUUUUUUUUUUUUUUUUUGCCAUAGGUUCUGAAAAUUGUUUGAAUGGAAUUGUUAGAAGCUAUUGGGCCGGCCUUUAAUGUGUUGAUGAUUAGGACUCUAACUGUUUGAAGUCUGUCUCUUCCAAGUCUACUUUUUAUUCGGUUUAGUAUGUUUGGAUACCAUUUCUCUUUCCUCUCACGAUCUAUAUAAUUAAAGGAAUUAAAAGAAA